ACACGGAGCGCGUGCACGAGCCCCUCCCACCUCCGCUGCGGUUAUAACGGGACCGGUCCGACCAGUGACCGACCAGAGCACUCGGUGUUUGUACGUGUAGCCGGUAAAUAAAAAAAAGAGAAAGAGAAAAGAGAUGUACUGGGACACCAUCAUCAAACCUGGAGACAGAAACACAGACAGCAAAGACUCCAAAAUAAAGAUGGAGAUUUGCCAGACUGGAUAUUACACAGAAGACUUCAGGACACAGGAAGUGCCAGCUGGCUUUGACUUUGCAUCUUAUGACUACCCUGGUGAAGACCUGUCUUUUCUGUUAGACAGUAAAGCACCCGGGCAGCAGCAGUACGUCGCAGAAAGCAGCUACCCAGAGCCACCAAAAGCUUCUCACACUUACGACACUAAAGUGAGCGACAGCAACACCUCCCUCUUCAACCUGGACUCAUACCAAGAGUUCAACUGGUGGGCCUCAUAUCCACAAGAUGGGCUGACAGUAGACCAGUCACCAACUGGAUACCAGGAGUCUCCACAGACGUACCAGAGCCUGGUGCCCCAGACCGGACAGUUCAGCCCGGCCCUGGAGGGCAGCCACAGCCCCUUUCUAACUGCAAAAGGAUCAAACACAUUACAAAGUGAGACGGAUCAGAGCUACUCGUGUCACUCGGCUGAACUGUACGACUCUGACGGACAGAGGCAGCAGUCGUCUUUCUGGCCUGAUUACUCCUCUCCCAGCUUCACCGCUCCACUACCUCACCUGCCCCUGGCCUCUUGCCCCUCGAACCACAGCCCCCAGUCCUCAGAGCAGUACUGCCCCCGUGUGGUCAAACGCAAAAACACACACCUCCAGAGGCCAGACAGAGAGGGCCAGAUGACAGGAAUGUCAGCGUAUCCAGGCUCUGGCCCAAUCCAGCUGUGGCAGUUUUUACUGGAGCUACUUCUGGACUCGGCCUGCCGUACCUUCAUCACCUGGACGGGAGAUGGCUGGGAGUUUAAGAUGUCCGACCCCGCAGAGGUGGCCAAGCGCUGGGGCCAGUGCAAGAACAAACCCAAGAUGAACUACGAGAAGUUGAGCCGUGGCCUGCGUUACUACUACCACAAGAACAUCAUCCACAAGACGGCGGGCAAACGCUACGUCUACCGCUUUGUCUGUGACAUUCAGGGCAUGCUGGGAAAGACAGCGCAGGAGGUGCUGACCAGUCUGAAUGUUUUGCCCACAAAUACAGAGUCGUGGCAGUCGGGCCCCGGGGUACCAGCGGCGUCGCAGCACAGCAGUGAAACAUGGGCGUCACAGUAGGGAACGGGUACCGGGACUCUUGUUGCUGCUGGCUGAGAACGACCAGCACAUUUGAACAGAGUACUAGGCCGUCAGCCUACACAGUGAACACUGCCUCCUCGAGCCCUGGCUGAACUACAGUCUCCUCAUGGGGGGGGUGUUGUUGCAGACAGACCAGGAGCCAAUUUAUAAAUGCUGCAUUUCAGGGAAAAAAUAACCAAAAACUCAUAAAUUCAAGUCCUAACCCAUAAACAUAUAGCUCCUUAACCUCAGGGCUAAACAACUGCAGCACAGGGGCAUUUGAAGCACUAUAAAUAGAUACUUUUUUUGCAACGUCAGGGGCCAUAUUUUCAUUUGAUGUUUUUCUAAGAGGGAAUUGAUUUGUAAAUAGUGUUUAUAUGAUCGCUAUGUCGAGUUUUGUGCAUUUAUAUUAUUAUUAUUUUUUUUAAUACAAAACUCAUGUCUACCUCUUUUGCAAAUCAAAAUAACAUAAACUGAGAUUAUUUUCAGGCACUCACUGUGAAAGUUUUAGCCCUUGUGAUGAUUGUAUUGUGUAAAUAAACUGUAUAUAAAUAUA